ACACACACAGACAGCCUGCCCUAGGGCACCGCAGGAGGGGACCACAGGAACUUCAGAAGCUGAGAAUGUCAGGGACCCCUGGAACCACCUUUGGAGGCAGGAGAGCUGUCCCCCCCAACAACUCCAAUGCAGCAGAGAAUGAACUCUCUACUGUGGAGCUGCAGAGCCUGGUGCCCCGGGGCUUCAACCCGCAAGACUACCUUAAUGUCACGGGUGUUCACCUGUUCAAGGAGAGAUGGGAUACCAACAAAAUAGAUCAUCACACUGACAAGUAUGAUAGCAACAAACUUAUUGUACGUAGAGGACAGUCUUUCUACAUCCAGAUCGACUUCAAUCGUCCAUACGAACCCAGAAGAGAUCUCUUCAGGGUGGAAUAUGUCAUUGGUCGCUACCCUCAGGAGAACAAGGGAACCUACGUCCCAGUUCCUAUCGUUUCGGAACUGCAAAGGGGCAAGUGGGGGGCCAAAGUUGUCACGAGAGACGACAGGUCUGUCCGGCUGUCUAUCCAGUCUUCGCCCAAGUGCAUUGUGGGAAAAUUCCGCAUGUACAUUGCCGUCUGGACCCCCUACGGAAUAAUCCGCACCAGCCGAAACCCAGAAACAGACACGUACAUUCUCUUCAAUCCUUGGUGUGAAGAGGAUGCUGUGUACCUGGAUGAUGAUAAAGAAAGAGAAGAAUAUGUCCUGAAUGACAUCGGGGUUAUUUUUUAUGGAGACUUCAAUAACAUCAAAAGUAGAAGCUGGAGCUAUGGUCAGUUUGAGGAUGGCAUCCUGGACGCUUGCCUGUAUAUGAUGGACAGAGCACAAAUGGACCUUUCAGGUAGAGGGAAUCCCAUCAAAGUCAGCCGCGUUGGCUCUGCAAUGGUUAAUUCCAAAGAUGAUGAAGGUGUCCUCGUUGGAUCUUGGGACAAUAUCUAUGCCUAUGGUGUCCCUCCAUCAGCCUGGACUGGAAGCAUUGACAUUCUGUUGGAAUACCAGAGUUCUCAGAACCCAGUCCGGUAUGGACAGUGCUGGGUUUUUGCUGGUGUCUUUAACACAUUUUUACGAUGCCUUGGGAUACCAGCAAGAGUUGUUACCAAUUAUUUCUCAGCCCAUGAUAAUGAUGCCAAUUUACAAAUGGACAUCUUCCUGGAAGAAGAUGGGAACGUGAACUCCAAACUCACCAAGGAUUCAGUGUGGAACUACCAUUGCUGGAAUGAAGCCUGGAUGACAAGGCCUGAUCUUCCUGUUGGAUUUGGUGGUUGGCAAGCCGUGGACAGUACUCCGCAGGAAAACAGUGAUGGAAUGUAUCGGUGUGGCCCAGCCUCUGUUCAAGCCAUUAAGCAUGGUCAUGUUUGCUUCCAGUUUGAUGCACCCUUCGUUUUUGCAGAGGUCAACAGUGAUCUUGUUUACAUUACAGCUAAAAAAGAUGGCACUCAUGUUGUGGAAGCUGUUGACACCACCCACAUUGGGAAAUUAAUUGUGACCAAACAAAUUGGAGGAGAUGACAUGAAGGAUAUUACUGAUACCUACAAAUUCCAAGAAGGCCAAAAAGAAGAGAGACUGGCCCUUGAAACUGCCCUGAUGUAUGGGGUUAAAAAGCCCCUCAACACAGAAAGUGUCAUCAAACCAAAGUCUGAUGUGGUCAUGGACUUUGAAGUGGAAAAUGCCGUGCUGGGAAAAGACUUCAAGGUCAACAUCACCUUCCAGAACAACAGCCCCAACUCUCACACUAUCUCAGCCUAUCUCUCUGGCAACAUCACCUUCUACACCGGGGUUUCUAAGGAGGAAUUCAAGAAGGAGACAUUUGAUGUGACACUGGAGCCUUUGUCUAUCAAGGAAGAGGAAGUGCUGGUGAGAGCUGGCGAGUACAUGGGCCAGUUACUGGAACAAGCAUCUCUGCAAUUCUUCGUCACAGCUCGUGUCGAUAAGACAGGAGAUAUUCUGGCCAAGCAGAAGUCCACUGUGCUGACAAUCCCCAAGGUCAACAUCAAGGUCCGCGGCCCAAAGAUGGUUGGUUCUGACAUGGUUGUGACAGUUGAGUUCACUAAUCCUUUAAAAGAAACUCUUCAAAAUGUUUGGAUACAUCUGGAUGGUCCUGGAGUGAUAAAACCAAAGAGAAAGCUGUUCCGUGAAAUCCAGCCCAACUCCACUGUGCAGUGGGAAGAAGUGUGUCGGCCUUGGGUCUCUGGCCAUCGGAAGCUGAUAGCCAGCAUGACCAGUGACUCCCUGAGACAUGUGUAUGGCGAGCUGGAUUUGCAGAUUCAAAGACAACCUUCUAUGUAAAUGCACAGGAGGCUGAGAUAGAUCUAGGCACUUGGCCUUUCGUUGUCUUGGCUAAGGAAAUUCUAAUGCAAAAAUAGUCAGCUCUUGCUUUAACUUAGGUGUGAAGACCUAGAUAGGACUGGGUAGGGCCCAGAGUGGGGAUGCCAUGUAUUUCAAAAACACACUUUUUCAAACCCAGGCUACUCAGUGUGGAAGUUAGUUUUUAAUUGCUCCACCUUUUGAAGGAUUCUGAGGAUUAGCUUUAAUUAAGCUCUAAUUAAGCUCUCAUAGCUCAUAAGAGUAAAAGUCAUCAUUUAUCAUCACAAAUGGCUGCAGCUCCAAAUAUCAGAGGACUUCCCUUAGUGAGGGGAUUUGCUUAAUACCUGGCCUCAUGUAAAACAAGACUUCAGAUCCCCACUCAGCCUUUUGGGGGUAACAUACUCCCCAAAAUGGAGAGAAGUGCGUGAUUUGGGCACUAGAAUUCUAUUCCCUUUUCUUAGAAGCAGUUUCUGCUCUCUGUGUCAGAAUAUUUUUCCCAAGAAUUGAGUACAACAUCAUUUGUCUUCUUGGCAAAGCCAGAGAAAGGUCUUUCAUCUUGCACCUGCAGCGAAACAACUGCCUGCCAAAUUUCACAGAAGAUGUGGCCCCGUAUUAACAAAUUGCAUUUAUGAGAAACUUAAUCACCUAAGAGGAGAUGAGAAAGCAGGUGUAAUACCCAGAUCUAUUAAAUAAUAUAGUUUUAUGGUGCAUUUUA